AGUGUGCAAGUCUUCAAAUCAUGGAAUCCAUAUCGAUGAUGGGAAGCCCUAAGAGUCUUAAUGAAACAUUUUUACCUAAUGGUAUAAAUGGUAUCAAAGAUGCAAGUAAGGUUACCAUAGGUAUAAUUGGAAGUGGUGAUUUUGCCAAAUCUCUGACUAUUCGACUUAUUAGAUGUGGGUAUCACGUGGUUAUAGGAAGCAGAAACCCCAAAUUUGCUUCAGAAUUCUUUCCACAUGUGGUUGAUGUCACCCAUCAUGAAGAUGCCCUCACAAAAACAAAUAUAAUUUUUGUUGCAAUACAUAGAGAACAUUAUACCUCUUUGUGGGAUCUCCGGCAUCUUCUUGUUGGUAAAAUCCUGAUUGAUGUUAGCAAUAACAUGAGGGUAAACCAGUACCCAGAAUCCAAUGCAGAAUAUUUGGCUUCAUUGUUCCCGGAUUCCUUCAUUGUGAAAGGAUUUAACGUGGUCUCAGCGUGGGCACUCCAGUUAGGACCCAAGGACGCCAGCAGACAGGUCUAUGUAUGUAGCAACAACAUUCAAGCUCGACAUCAAGUUAUUGAACUCGCUCGUCAACUGAACUUCAUUCCUAUUGACUUGGGAUCAUUAUCAUCGGCCAGGGAGAUUGAGAACUUACCCUUGCGACUGUUCACACUGUGGAGAGGGCCAGUAGUAGUAGCGAUAAGCCUGGCCACUUUUUUCUUCCUUUACUCCUUUGUGAGAGACGUGAUACAUCCAUAUGCAAGAAAUCAGCAGAGUGACUUUUACAAGAUUCCCAUUGAAAUCGUGAACAAGACAUUACCCAUUGUCGCCAUCACGUUGCUCUCUCUGGUUUACCUAGCAGGACUCUUGGCUGCUGCUUAUCAGCUCUAUUAUGGCACCAAAUAUAGACGAUUUCCUCCAUGGCUAGAGACUUGGUUACAGUGUAGAAAACAGCUUGGAUUACUAAGCUUUUUCUUUGCUACAGUCCAUGUUGCUUAUAGUCUUUGCUUACCAAUGAGAAGAUCAGAGAGAUACUUGUUUCUCAACAUGGCUUAUCAGCAGGUUCAUGCAAAUAUUGAAAACUCCUGGAAUGAAGAAGAAGUGUGGAGAAUUGAAAUGUAUAUCUCUUUUGGAAUAAUGAGCCUAGGCUUACUUUCCUUAUUAGCGGUAACUUCCAUCCCUUCAGUGAGCAACGCCUUAAACUGGAGAGAGUUCAGCUUUAUCCAGUCUACACUUGGAUACGUGGCCCUGCUCAUAAGUACUUUCCACGUUCUAAUUUACGGGUGGAAGAGAGCUUUUGAAGAAGAGUACUACAGGUUCUAUACGCCACCAAACUUUGUUCUUGCUCUUGUUUUGCCCUCCAUUGUCAUUCUGGGAAAAAUCAUUUUACUCCUUCCUUGUAUAAGCAGGAAACUGAAAAGAAUUAAAAAAGGCUGGGAAAAGAGCCAAUUUAUAGAAGUGGCCAGUGGAAUAAUUCCACACCUUUCACCAGAAAGGGUUACAGUAAUGUGAUGCUAAAUGAUACUAGUGUCACAUGGAAUUAUACUUGAGUCAUCAUUUCUGUUAUGACCUCUGUUUUCAGAAGUUUAUCUGACUGGGCUACACAACUUGUUAAGGUUGAGAUCGAAUCAAGAAGGUCAAAGCCAAACUGGUCUUAGGUUUUUUUUAAUUAAUUUUCAUUAAAGUCACAUUAGGCAAUUUGGAAUUUUGUAGGGAGCCAGCCAUAUUUGUUGGAAUUCUAAGUGCUCUUUUGCACAGCUGUAAUCACUAUUACUGUCACUUUGUCAGAGCUCUAUUUUGUAACUGAUCCAAGGUAUACGCUAUUUACAUUUAGUAAUGCCAACAUACUUAUCAAUGUUUAAAAAAAUCUUUUUUCAAGCAACUAGCAUAUUAAAUUUUUGACAUAAAUCAUCUUAUAUGUACGUUACAUUUGCAACACUUAAUGAAAAUUGUUAAUUAUAAAACUAAUGCGAUAAGAAUUUUAAAUUACAUAGAGUAACAAAACUUAAUUGGUUAAAAAAAAAGAAAUGUUGCAUGGGAAACUGGACAUAGUUGAGUGGUCCCUACCCUCUAAUGCUCACCAACACCAUACUGUAACAUUCAGGAAACAUACAUAUAUGGAUACAAUAAUUUCUUCU